UCACAAGACUUGUUUCGCAAUUUACAUUUUCCUGGAUAUACAGUUUCGAUUCCAAGUAAACAUUGAUUGCCAAAGCGUAAACUGGACUAGAACAACUUUGUGUUGGUAUAUAUUCUUAUCUGUGUUCUUAAAGAAAGCCAACUGCGAAAAAGUUUGUUCAGGUUGAUUCACAAAAUGUGACUUAGAAUUGGCGAGGAAACGUAUGGCUUCAGGUUACGACACAGCUCGUUUAAAAUCAGUCUUCGACGAAGGUUUUGUCUGCGCGAUAUGUCUUGGUGUUUUAAAAGAUCCGAUGCAAUGUGAAAGCAACGAACAUUAUUUUUGUUCGGGAUGCAUCAAGGAACAUCUAGAGAAGACCUCGCACACUUGUCCGGUGUGUCAAGAUAAACUGACCGUAGAGACGCUGAGAAAAGCGCCGAGAAUUGUCGAAGAUUGUGUGUCUCGUUAUAAGAUUACUUGCGACCACGAAGGAAGAGGCUGUGCUGCAGUUCUCGAGAUCGGAGCUCUACAAGCACACAUCCGGGACUGCGGCUUCACGCCUGUCUCUUGUUCAAACGAUGGUUGUGAGGAUGUCGUCAACAAUCAAGAUGUGGAACAACACCAGACCAAGUUAUGUCGUUACAGGACGACAAACUGUGUUGACUGUGGAGAAAGAAUGGCUCAUCACAAGUAUGGCGGACACGGCUGUGUAUUACGACGAGAUGUCGAUGAAAUGAAGAAAGAUCUGGCGGAAGUUAAAGCUACGCAAAAUGAAAUGAUGAAUGAGAUGAGAGAAAGCAUGAAACGAAUGACGACCGUGAUUAAAAAGCUGAACAGUGCAGUUCAUUCCAUGGCUUGUGAUAUUGUUGUCAUCGCUGGUCGAGAACCCAAAACAAACAAGCCCCUUUCUUCCGUCGAGCGAUUCAAUCUGUUCAACGAAACCUGGACCCCACUACCCGAGUUGAGAAUAGCACGAUAUCUCCAUGCAGCUGUUAUGUUUGGGAGCCAACUGCUUGUUUGUGGCGGUUUUACCGCUGGAAAUCUUAAAGAUCCCACAGAUAGCAUAGAAGUAUUAGAAUUGAAUGGUAAUCCUCCAGAAUGGAAAAAGUUUGCUGUCAAUCUUCCUAUUAAAGUUGCUGGUCACAAGUGCGUGGCUCAAGGGAAUCGUUUGUUGAUUAUUGGCGGUGGUAAUCGAGAGGUGAUUUUGGAUACGAUCUACGAGUUGCUUCUUGUUCCACCUUAUUCAUCCAAGCUGCUUUGUCACAUGAAGAAGUUUCGGGCUAACCAUGGGGUGGAGCUAUUUGACGAUAAAGUUCUCAUUGCUGGUGGACAGAGAGCGGGAACUGGCGUGGAAAUAUUCGACAUAGCAAGAAGUCAAUGUACUGAAAUGCCGCCAUUACCAUCUCCUGUCUAUUGCAUGGAGACAGUUCGUCGUGAUGAGACAAUGCUGUUGAUUGGAGGAAUCGGCAAGGAUUGGCAAUGCAGCAAUGAGAUUAUCCAGUAUGAUCCCGAUUCUGGCCGGAGCAAGGUUUUAUUGAUCAUGGAAAAAGAGCGAGUGUUUUCUUCGGUUGUCUUACUUGAAAAUACGCUCGUUGUGAUUGGUGGUGUAAAGAGAGAUACAAAGGCAGUGGACUGUUUCAACUUUUUAUCAAAUUCUUGGAGGAAGUUGCCCUCGCUCGCUGGGGCGCGUUUUGAAGCUUCGGCAGUUGUUGUGAAUAAGAGUUUUGGAUUUUGAGAUUUGGUUAACCAGUUAAAUGAAAAAUGACAAAAUAAUUACGAUUGGUGACAUAAUUAAGAAAAUAAAAUGGACGUUAAACGUUAAAUCAAGAUACAUGGUUAUGUUUGUACAUAUUGACGAAAUCAAUCUCAUUUUCCUUAACAGCAGCGAGACCAGGAGCCAGAAGCCGGUUGUUCGAAAUGUGGUUUAGGUUAUCCAUCGGAUAGUGAAUCUUUUAAAAGUUAAAAUUAUCCUCACCCCUUGGCAUGGCCGAGAUUAAACUUCGAAGUUUAAACUAGUUUCUAACGAUAAUAUAAGUAGCUUUAUCGUUUUUCAAAGCUAUUUUACGACGGUUGAAAAACCCACUAUUUAGUGGAUAACUUUAUCCACCUUUCGAACAACCGGCCCUAGUUGUAUAAAAAGACUAGUUAACUUUUAACUGUAGUUAAGGCAUAAGUGGCCGAUCAGAGUCGCGUAUUUCUGAGUUAACUAGGAUUUAACUAUAUGCAACGUGUAUGCAACGUUUAACUAUAUGCAACGUGAUUUCUGGCACUUCUCUCGAUAGAGGCAAAAAUUCUAUUAAUUCCUGGCUUCAAUUUGAAGAGUGCACAGUUCCACUCGAAAUUAAGACCCUUUGAACCUCUAGAAUUUAUGCAACGUGUAGCUAAAGAGUUUUAUACAACCGGUCCCAGCCUGAUAAUUUGUGCUGUUAUAUAUGUUAAUAUUUUUGUGUUCAUUCACCCGCGAAGACAAUAAAUUUUUAAAGACAUCAAUUAUUGCAGGCUGGA